AGAAAUUCCAUGUUUACGUGACGAAUAAAGUGCGCUACCAUGACUUCUCAAAGGUCUCCAUAAUCGAAAAGCUGCUGUCUCGUCAUCCUGAAGACACACCCUUGGCCACCAAUAUGUUCCUACAAUGGCCACCUCCUCAGGUCGAACACUUUUAUCCCCGUUAACUUUUCCCUCUUUCCCUUCUCAUUCCCCGUCUAAACCAGCGUCACCAUCUCCGUGUCCACGGUUGUAUCAGUCGAGCUCUACUUCCAUUCCCUUUUAUCUCCCCUCGACUUCCGAAAUAUCUCACCAGGAUGGAAAACAUUCAGUACCACGCAGGCAGUCGCGCACAUCACGCCCUCAAACACCAUAAACGCGGCCUGGUUCUGCAUAAUCGGGUUCCUCAACCUUCCAGACAUCUCCGCUAUGC